AUGUCGCCACCGCCAUCGGCACAUGAACACGCGCACAGCGACACGGAAGCAGCGACACCCACACCACCAGCGCCACCAGUACCACCAGCAUCAUCAUUAUCAUCAGCACUGACACCAUCACCGUCGUCGCCAGACCCGUCGCGCACGACGCACGGGAAGCGGCGUGAUGUGCGGGGCACGAUUGGGCGGUAUAUUGAGGAGCCGAAGACAACGCACCACAGUGGUGAUCGUACACACGAUGACCCGUUUCAGCAGGUGGUUGUGCAGGAGUAUGCAGACACGACGAAAGAGGGCAUCAGUAAGCAGGCGCGUGAUAUUCAACUCCGUGCCAUCGCCAUUCGCUCAAAGAACGCAAAGCGGGAGACGGUGUUCCAAUCUCUCGCCUCGAAGGCGGCAAAGACAGACGAUUACGAGGAGGAUCUGAUGGCGCGUGUGCGUGCAGAGAACGACGCGCGAAUUGCAGAUGCAGCACUGCACAGCAACAGCAACGACGACCACCUGGCCGGUGUUGUCGAGGGCGACACAUCCCAGUUCCGAGCGCUGCUUGAGGAAUUGGGGCCAGCGGCGAAGCACUCGAAGAACUCGUCGUUUGGGUUUGGGGACGAGGCGUUACUGUCUGAAUCCACAACGGAGGACAACAGCGCUGCGUUGAGGCAACACGGCACCCAAGACCAACACGCAGCGUCCACCUACAACUACAAUGGCAGCGUUGGUGCUGACGACAGCACGUACAAGCGUGGCUACGGCGGUGACAAUGGCGAUAAUGAUGACAACAACAACGACAACGACGAUGAUGAUGAUGAGGGUGAUGAUGAUGAGGAUUAUGAUGAAGGUCUUGCAUCGUCAUCGUCGCAUGCAUCGUAUGACGUCAGCGCGUCCACGUUGCAUGGACGUUUCGCCCUCCGCGAUCCCAUUCCGGGCCUGUCGUCCAGUGACACGGACAUUUCAAGACUGGACAAGCCAGGCCGCAGCAGCAUCAAGCCGCCCUCAAGCCCGGUUCCUGCAAAGGCGAAACGCGUCAGGUGGGCGCGGGCGGUGACGGUUGUGGACACGGCUGGUCGCUUAAGCCCAGUUGUUCGCUCGCCACGAAAUCCCCCCGUGCAGCACCGCAAUAACCCAUAUUGCGGCUCUCCACUCCCGCAGCGCGCAGGCAGUGGGCGAUCAUUCUCCACCAUCACGCCCGUUGUCGUGUCUCCGACACACGACAAGGUGCCUGGCAACACCAGUGGCAACAGUGGUGGCGAUGGUGGCGAUGGUGGUGAGAGACACCAUCAUGACAGCCAGCAGCAACGGCAUGAGGGGCGUGGGUUGCGCAGGGACCAGCGCCACAGGACCAGCACCCCACCGCCACCUCGCUCCUUUUCUCCAACCGUUGAUGUGGUGGCACGAGAGGCAGAGGAUGCGUACAUCACCAUUGUCGCCAACAACAGCAUGAGCAGCAGUACCAACACCACCACCACUGCCACCACCAUGACCAUCGGCAGGAGUACGACGCGUGAAACGAGGGCGCGUGCAAGCAUCACACGCGGAGACAGCACCGACGAAUACAGGGGGUUCGCAGACAUUCACGACGACGGUGAUGAUGGUGGUGAUGAUGGUGACAGUGAUGAUGGUGGCGACCACCUUCGCGCCGGGAGGAGCAACGCUGACAACACACAUACAUCGCCGACGCCGGACACCAGCACGGGUCACGCAUCACAGCGGUCACUGUAUGCAAACGUGCCCGGUGUGAUCAAAGGUGCCGUGUUGCAGCGAAGCUGGCUGGAAAACGAUGUGUCAUACCAGCCUGCCGACUACACGGCAACAGCUGUCCUUUCAGCUGGGGACGCGGAUCCGCAGGACCCAUCUUCCAUCAGGUUCAAUGCGAGCGGCAUUGCAGCGGAGGACGGCGUUGAUCGACGAAGUGUCGCCGGAACAUAUGUCGUCUUCAACAACCGCCCGCUAAACCCGUGCGGACGGACAGGCAUUGCUGGCCGCGGCGUUUUGAAACGCUGGGGACCAAAUCCCACAUUUCACUGCUUCGUCACGCGUUACGCACGCGAUGCGUCGGGGAAACUGCUCAUGACAAAGGGAGCCCAGAGCUUGGAGGUGCUGCUGUUGCAAUUCCCUGGCGGCGACUUUGAUGCGCCACAAGUGAAAUCCAACACAGCAGAUGCAUUUCUCUCCAUGCUGCUGGACAAGGGCCGCCACGACCUUCGCACGCUGUCCUCCCAAUCCGCACGCGUGUCUGCGCUUCGCAUCGAUACAGCCGAGCUCUCGCGUCAGCUGGAGUCGACCCUUGGCGCCAAGCAGCCACUUCGCUCCUGCUACAAAG